AUGUGCGCGCCCUCUACCAUUCUCUUCGCCUUUGGCGUCUUCGCGCAGGUCGCGUUGCUUGCCUGCAUCUUCUGGACUUACACUAGCUAUGGCAACCCCCGUGAGCCGACCGCCUUAGCGGAAACCACAACUAAGAUAUCAUCAAGGCCAAACGGCUUCACUCUGCGCCACCUUUUGGAUCAUGGCGCUGGACGACCUGGGCCACGAGCACGAAGAUUCGAUGUGACUCCAGAGCGGUUUGCCGUUGCUGGUAUCGACUCCCGCAUCGGGCCCUUCACUAUCAAGUCGGCACCAGUCAAGAUAGAAAGGCCCGCUUUACGUGGCUACGAUGCACAGAUCCCCAUGUCGCCCAUGUGGAUCGCCGAGGAUAUUCCGGGUCCGGAUGUCACGGACAAGAACACCGUUAUCAGUUUCGCAAACAUGUCCGAAGAUGCUUACAAAGUCGGCCCUGACGACGCAGGAUGGAUGGACGUCGAUGGGCAUUACAACUCGUCGGUCCCUUUUGGCUGGGAUGACAGUGGCAUCCGAGGCCAUGUGUUCAGCGACGACACUAACUCCACCAUCAUUCUGGCGGUAAAGGGAACUACGGUAGCCAUGUUCGAAGGCGACGGAACGUCCGUGCACGACAAAGAGAACGACAACCUGUACGGCUCUUGCUGUUGCGGUCAGGGCGGCACAUAUCUUUGGCGCAAGGUAUGCGACUGCCAGACUGGCACCUACAGCUGCGACGAGCAAUGCGUCAAGAACGAGUUACGGAAGCCGAACAGGUACUAUGCCGCAACUGUCGAGCUGUAUCAGGAGGUUGUCAAAAUCUAUCCGGAUGCACACAUCAUGACGACAGGGCACAGUCUAGGAGGCGUCCUCGCUUCUCUGAUCGGCCUGCAGCACGGGAUCCCCGCGGUCACGUUCGAAGCCUACCCACAAGCCUUGGCAGCUAAGCGCUUGGGACUACCAGCUGCUGGUGAUGUGGCUCCACUCAGGAAGAACACAGGUGGUUUCCAUUUCGGACAUACCGCUGACCCUGUGUACAUGGGAACUUGCAACGGUGCGACAAGUUUCUGCUCUAUUGGCGGAUACGCCUUCGAGACCCUCUGCCAUACCGGAAAGAAGUGUCCAUACGACGUGGUCAAAGACUGGGGUUGGAGGCAGAACACACAGACACACAGCCUCAGAUACGCCAUUGACAACGUGUACAUGAAGUACGAUGAGGCAGCAAAAUGCCAAGAAGAGGAUGUUGGUUGUGUCGAUUGCUACCUAUGGAAGUUCGAGAACGGGACGAAAACCACGACAACGAGUCCCGCUGAGCAGAAGCCCGCAGUCGACACGGAGAAGACAAAGAUCACACCCCCUCGCGAUGUUGGUAAGAACUUCAUCGCGAAGGAUGUUGAGAGGAUGGAGCAAACAGGCUAUGGUCGUUACCUGGUCUCGCUCAGACAAAACUCGGCUUUGAACAUCAAUUCACCGCACGAAGACGAAGACGUCCCUUUCUCGAAGAGACGACUAACGCCAAUCGGCAUCGUGUCAAUGCAACUCGCGCGCUUCCCGUCCGAACCGUCCGCACCAACGAUCCCAGAUGUCGGGUUCACUUUCCUCCCCCGGUACCUUGGAAACGGGUACGCUACUGAAGCUGCAGCGGGCUUGAUGGAGUACUACACAGACGAGAAAGGACUCAAGGAGUUUUGCGGUUUUUGCAAACCGGAGAAUACAGCAAGCGCAAAUGUUCUGAAGAGGUUGGGGUUCGAGGAGAGGGGUCUAAGGGAGGACGGUGCUGCGCGACAAAGACUUGAUCGUGAAGCUGCCGAGGAUGAAGCCACACUCUCGCCAACAUUGAGCAGAGAUGAACAGCAGGGCGAUACAGUGGUGCCUCUUGAAGGCCGCAUCCUCCGUGACGCCCAGGGAAAAUCCAUCUUUAUCGGCGACUGCGCCCCGCUGUCUUUCCUGCAGACAGUCAGGCAUCUCAUCACAUCCGAGGUGGACCCAAGAGCUACUGUUCAAGCUACACGCGACCCCAUCAUUGAGAUCGCUCGGCCUGAUUCAGCAGAUCAACAUUCAUGUCCUCCCAUUGACGUGCAUCAAGUCGACGAACUAGUCGACGAGUUCAUGGCUGCAAGUAGUGGCCUCGUUCAGCUCUUCCAACGAGAGGAUCUCGCUCCCGAACUGAAAGCAUGGGCAUGCAGCAGAAAUUCGAGUUCAGACGAUGCUGCAGCUGCCGUCUUCUAUCUGGUCCUUGCGAUCGGCGCCCAAGAGCGAUUCGAGGAAAAGGCAGAAGCCUGGUUCAAUACUGCUCGGGAUGUGCUUUUGAAGCAUAUGUGCAGCAGCAUGAACGUGUCCACUGUUCAAGGCUUUGCCCUCGUAGCCAUCUACAUGCUCCGAGCAUCUCAACCGAAUGGAGCCUACUUAUACUUCUCCCUGGCUGCGCGUGCCGCAUACGCAAUCGGCAUACACCGAACGGAAGUGAACGCAUCCUUUGGCGAAACCAUCAAGCUGGUGCGAGACCGGAUUUGGAAGAGCAUUCGCGUCACCGACCAAUUGAUAAGCAACGCAUUAGGCCGCCCUCCGUCCACAUCAGAUGUCGAUUGCACCGUCAAAUACAACACUUUUGCAGACAACACCGAAACCGAUGAUGCCAAUAUACUGGAUGCCAGCGUACAGAUCUUCAUGAUUAUCGAGCGUGUCGUCGUUGAAGUGUAUUCUCGCAAACGUAUAUCAUUACGCAUUGCAGACUAUGUUUCGCGACAGUUGAAGAGCUGGGCGUCCAAAUGGCUGCAGAAAUUAUCUCAUCUUACGACCAGACCUCAUUCUCGAGAAGCCGUAGUGGGUGCCUGCUCCACGCUCUGCUCCUAUUACUACGGCAUCAUGCUACUCACUCGACCUUUCCUCAUCUACGAGUUAUAUGAGUACAUGGGCGCUCCUCUAAAGAGCGGAGGCUCACAAGCUGAUCACCAAGAGAAGCGCAAGUACGCAGAUGCUGCACUUGAUGCCGCGUCGACGUUAGUGGAUACACUGCUAGUCGUUACGAUUACAAAGCAGUUGCCUCGUAAGAUGCCACUGAUAGUAUCCUGGCUCUUCACAGCUACACUCGUUCUUGCCGUCGGCAUCCUUGGCGACGCAGGACUCAUGUUAGUGGACAGCUGCAAAGAUGCAAUCACUUGCAUGGACUACUUCGGUCAAGUCGACCCUCAUGCCCGGCAGUAUUCACAGGUAGCACAAUCACUGCUCAAGAUCACCACUGCACAUGCCAAGAAGAGAGAGCUGCAUUUGCGCCGGAAGAGGAAGCAAGCAUCGUCGGAAUUGUUUGGCCUAUUGCCUGGAGAGUCAACUAACAUUCCGGCCCAAGUGGACGAAUGCGACGCACAGCUCGGCCACGGGUCGCUGGUCUCCCGAGACUCCGUGCAGCGCCACGUGUCUUCCGCAGCGCCACUCGAUUGGACUAUAUACGAUGCCGACUUCUUUGCCAUGCCAUGGCCGAGUGAGAACGAUCAGGGUCUCCAGGAUUUCCUGCAGCCGGGCACUCACAAUCUUGAUGGCGUAUCCGUGGCUGACAUACCGCUUUUCCCCAUCCACGACCAGCAGAUGGGCGGUGACUUCUUCCCGUAA